AUGCAUAACCUCUAUCUUGGAACUGCAAAGCGAAUGAUUCAGAUAUGGCGCAAGUGUAACUACAUCAAUGAAAAGAAUCAGUUAACUAUGCAAGAGCUUGCUAAUGGUAUUGUUGUACCUUGUGGAUAUGCACGUAUAACAAAGAAGAUUGCCGAUGGGUUUUCGUUCAUGAAAGCUGACAAGUGGAAGUUGUGGUGCGUCAUAUACUCUCCAUUUGUUCUGAAGCAUGUGCUUCCAGCCAAGAAUCUCGAAAACUGGAUUUUGUUUGUUGACGCAUGCCGCUUACUCACAAAACCUUCGAUCAUUGACAAAGAAAUAGAUGAAGCCCACAGUAAACUCCAAUUGUUUUGUACAAGAUUUCAGACACUGUAUGGAAAAUCGGCCAUGACACCAAAUAUGCAUCUACAUCUUCAUCUUGGCGAGUGUGUUCAUGACUUUGGGCCAAUUUAUGCUUUCUAUCAAGAUCAAUUAGCAGCAUUGCAUCCAUCUUCUACUGCCAGUAUCUUUUCUCUGUCUGACUUUGUUGAAUAUUCGUUAAACCCUCGUCAUUCUGCUUUGGGUUGUGAGCCGUUGCCCCCUUCAGUGUUUCCGAUUAAACUCGACCAAAGGAUUACAAUGUGCAAGGGACAUUAUGAAUGUUUACUGGAGUUUUACAGACACGCGUAUGGCAGUCACGAUCUUUUUGGUCAUUAUUCAAACUGCAAGUCUAACCAGAUUUUUGUCAAUAACCGAAUUGAGAAAAUGAAAUAG